CAAGCAGCGGCAGGCAAAGUGGUUCCGGCGACGCGGUCAGCUUACAGAGAAGGGGCUCCUGCCAGCGUCGCCACUCCUGUGCUUCGCGUUCGCAUAUCGGCAGCAGCGGCGCGUAGCCGGCCGCUGUCCUUGAGGGGGCCCCCCUCUUUCACUCGACGACGUGACUGCGAUCGGCGCGCGUGGAACGCAAACGACGGAGCGCUACAGCGCGCACCGUAGUACACCUUCCGGAAACGCGACCCACGUGGUUCCGGCCGUGACGUGCGUAGAUGGACGCCGUGCGAAGGCUGGGUGCGGUUCGCUGCUCGUCGUGCUGCAGCCGCCGCGUUCCAAACGCCACGAUCGUCGGGCACCGGUGACAGACAACACCCCCGGCCGAGCUCCCACGGAUUGAGGCACGGGACACGGAAAUCUGUCGCGCCGCCCAGCGCCUGUUGGUUUUGUGUUGUGUGUGUGCGUGUGCAGCCGUGCGCCGCGCGUGUUGUGUUGACUCCGUCGUGGUGCGUCGUUCGUGCGCUCACGCGAGCAAGUGGUGAGCGCGGCGGCAUCAGCGCGGGAAAUUCGAAGGCACAAUGAAUCCGACCGACGAAGCGCACUGGAACUCGUCGGCCGCUUCCGAAAGCCACGGGCGUCAGUUCGAUGUGUAUUGGAGCGAGUGCGAUCACUUCCGCAUCGACGACGAUGAAGAGGAAGACGACCGAGCGACCCACCAGAAUCCGGAGGAGCAGGAUGCCGACUGGCUCCGCGAGGUGGGACUCGACUUCGUGCUCGAUGAUGUCCUCGGGUCAAGCGGCGGGACUCAUCACCAGCAUAAUGAUGGAUCCGCGCCACCAGUGGCGCCUCCUCCGGCGGCACGUUCGUACGUGCGUACGCUGAGCCGGGAGCAGGCAGCGGCCGUCCAGAGGCGGCUGGACACGGUCACUCUGCGCCGGCGCAAGCACCACGCGCGACAAGACGUACGCAACGUCUUCGACCCGGCCGCCCACCAGAAUGCCGGCGACGCCGCGGACGGACGCCGUGGCGAGAUGCGCCUGUCGACCGCCGCGCCACCCAGCGGUCGUGCCCCUCCGGGUCCUCUGUGGAAGAACCACUGGAACCAGUACGACGCCAUCGCUACGCCCGACGUCAAAGGCGUGGCCGUGCUGGGGUUCAAGAUGAAAGGGACGUUGCGAGGACCGCCGGCGGAAGCAGCGUCCCUGACGCCGCCCGAAGAGGACGACGAGGACGAGUCACCGGUCGCGGUCCAGCCCGGGGUCGACUGGACCUUGCAACCCGGUUUCAACGACUCAUUCAGCUUGGACAGCCAAGACCAGGAGCUUCCUCUGGUGACUCUGUGCGAACAGCCCGCGGGCGUCACGGUACCCAGCCACCUGUCGCCGGCCGACUGGCGCAAGGUUCGCAGCCUGGCGCUCAUCGAACUCACCGCACUUUUCGACCGACUGGGCAUCACUUACGCUCGGCGAAAGAACACGCGCCGGAAAACCAAAGAGAGCCCGCUGUACGGAGUACCACUCACGACUCUGCUGGAGCAGGACAACGCGCGGCACGCUCCGGUGCAGCACAAGGUGCCGCUCAUCAUCCGGGAGAUUCUGGAUCAUCUGCGCCGCCAUGCACUGCAGGAGGAAGGCAUCCUACGCGUUUCUGGUUCCGCGCUAAAGAUUGACGCGCUGCGGUCCGAACUCGAGUCGUGCUACAACGGGAGCCGUAAUCCGGAGCAGAUCGGAUCAGUGCUGAGUCGCUUCGGCGUGCACGAGGUUGCCGGCCUGCUGAAGCAGCUUCUGCGCAACCUGCCCGAGCCGCUGCUCACCAACAAGUACGCCGAGGCCUUUCUGCACGUAGAAGGCAUCCCUACCUUGCUGGAGCAGAUCAAAGCCCUCAACUUGCUCGUGCUGCUGCUGCCGGAAGCAAAUCGCUCCACAUUACUGGCUCUGGUCAACUUCCUGGCGGACGUGACGGAGCGAGACGGCCGGAACCGGAUGUCGGUGCAGAACGUGGCCAUGAUCAUCGCGCCGAACUUGUUCGCCCCGAAGCGGCGCAAGGCGACCGAGGAGAAUCUGCGAGUGGCGCGCGCUGCCACCAACGUCACGCGCAUGCUCAUCUGGUACCAGCAGCUGCUGUGGAUUGUGCCGUCUCAAUUUAUGGGCCAGAUUCGUCUGGAGUACAGGAUACACUACGAGAAGAAACACGCGAAGGAAAACAAGAAGAAGAGGAAUCAACGAAAAGACCGGGCAUCUUGGUUUGAACCGCGGGAUAACGAAGAUACCGUGUUUCGUGUUCGCGUCGACCACGAGGGACCGACGGGCACUACGCACCAGGUGGCGCUGAACGACGCCACUACUGCCGGCAGCGUCGUGGGCGAGGUGUUCCUGGCCAUGCACUUCGAGGCGCGCAAGAGGGACAUCGCCACCGGCAAAGGAUCGCCACACGGGAGGUCCUCGGAGCACCAUUCUGGCGACAGUCGCUUCGCGAGUGACGUCAACACCUUCCUGCAAUACCACUGGCUCUACGAAGUUGGCGGCUACAUAGGUUGGCGCCAGCUCGAGCACAGCACCAACGUGACCGCCGUGCGCGCGGAGAAUCCCGUGGCCGAGUGGGUGGUGCGCUGUCACCACAUCCGAUGACCGCUCGCCCGCCAUUAUUCUAGUAGCAUUCCAAAGUUCUAGUUUGUUUGUUCACGUUCCCACCUGGCAGUGCAACUCGCUGUCGACUCAACACCAACGGGCUUGUUGAUUGUCAGCUGGGAACCACCACAGAAACCAGCCAUCAAGCUUAAACCUUUCAGAACGCUUCAGUAAGCAAGUGUCUUGUGAGAAUGGUGUAUAGGACCGUGGGGUAGCUGGUAUUCUGCGGUGAAGUGCACAAUGCGAGAGCGCCUGAGGAUUCGAAAGGAACAAUUGAGACGUGUGUUGAUGGUGAUCUUCGGGCCAAGGGCCAGGGUUUGUCUGACGAAGUCGGAUAAGCACACGUCGCCCCCAGACAUUAAGAAGGUACUAGCAGCGCAUAUACGAUAGGAAAAGGGACAGGAUAACAAAAGCGCUCUUUGCCUCAACUUAUCCUGUCUCUUGUCCUUAUCGUCUAUGCGCUGUCAAUAUCCUCUUAAUGGAUCCCUACCAACUCGCCCAAGUUUCAGUUCGUACCCCGUCAGGCAAGCACGGCUAUACAUGGAGUUCCAGUUCGUCCAAAUUAACCGUCGUUUUAGAUGCUGUCAUGCCAUAAAUAAUGAAGGACAUCAGUGGACAGCUCUGGUUGACUUCACGUGGAACGCAGGUGGCGGCAAGUUUCGUCCCUCCUUCGAUCUCGCUGGCCGCCGGCGAACAGAGGGCAAACGCGGGAAGGUCUACACAGAAGGUGACUUGUUCUUACCCGACUUCGCUCGACAGACCAUGGCUCUUGGCUUGAACCUCGCCAUCGCGCUCGUCUAAGCGUGGCCUCCGCGAUUAGCUCCGGCAACGCGCCGUUUUGCUGGAGCUAAUCGCGGAGGCCACGUUCUAAGUCCCUUUCCGUCCCUUGUCAGGGCUCGCACUGUGCACUUCACCGUGGCUUCGGGGGACUGGCCAGGUGAUCAUUCGUGGCCGACUAGCUCUUAAGUAAGUGUCCUCAGGACAGCUGCAGAGUUGUGUAAUAGUACGCGUCAGAGCUGCUUACUGAUGGUGGUCACGAGAUCGUGUUGUCCUGGAAAGUUCAAACAAAGGUCAUUUGUUGCAGUAUUGUGGAGUAGAUGAUAGCCUGCGUUGGCAGGAAGUGUGGCUCAGCUUUUUCUGAACUAUAGGUCAGCUCGCCUGGAAUGCUGCUCUGGAGAGCCAGGGUCUUAGCCUUCAGCUCGCGCCUUCCGCCUCCCAUCGGUAUAUACAUGCCAUACAGUUGUGUAUUUUUUGAUAGGCAAGAUCGUUGUAUACAUGAAUCAUGCAUGUCGUCUUAUUGUUGUUUUUAAUGUUAAUGAUUAAAUGAGAUUUAUACCAGA